AUGGAAGAUUCAUUUGAUAGGCCAUUUAUUAACAUGUAAUUAACUCAUGUUCCUGUUAUGAAUGGAGAUAACAUGGUUCAUAUCUCUUCUGAAAAAGGAUCAUUCAAUGCAAAGACUGCUCCGCACGAAGCAUUUCUAUCUAAUCAAUAGUUAAUAAAAGAUCAAGAGCAUGAUAGCUAGAAUAAUGUGUUCUCAAAUAAUUUCAUGAUGAUUAACUAAUAACAAUAACAAAGAAAAUAGUAGCUUGAUAUUACCAAUCGCUAUUAAUCUCAGAAUAAUUUAAUUGAUGAUGAAAAGCAAUAACUUUGCAGAGAUAAAGAUUAAUUUCCUCCAAUUAACAACAAAAAACCUAGUGGCAAAAAAGUUUUUCCUGUAGCGAGCUAAUCAAACGAAAAAACGUGUUAAGAAUCAAAUGCUUCUAAAAGUGAUAUUUAAGCAAAUUAAACGUUUCCAUUUUAUUUAGAAAAUUAAACUAACUCUCAAAAUUUCUACUAUCCUUACCAUGCGAUGACUUUGAAGAAUCUCCAACAAUAUUUCAAAUUUGAUGGAGAAAGAGGUCUUUCAAGCAACCAAAUCGUUUAAAAUAGAAGUUAAUUUAGUAAUUAGCAUUCUAAAACUUAAAUUAAUUUAGAAAAGGUAUUAAAUUAAAGGUAUGAAGUUGUAAUUAAUCUUCUUCUUUAAUUUAAAUUUGUUAUAAUUCUAUCAGCAAUAAUCUUCUUUUUCUCCUUUGCAUACUAUUAAAGUGAUCCAUCCUAAAUUUUGCUUGCUCUUUUUUUGGUUUGGAUAGCUAUUUUAAAUAAAAGAAAGUCAUUUGAUGAACUGCAACAAGAGAAGUUACAAAGUGUAAAACAAAAAUACAUUCCUUCAUAUUGCACAGUCAUUAGAGAAGGCCAAUAGGUAAGUAUAUAAACAUCAAGUGUUGUCGCAGGAGAUAUUAUUGUCCUCUAAUAGAACUCACUAGUUCCAGUUGAUUCAAGAGUGCUUACUAUUGAUAGAGGAUUGAUUAUGAAGGCAGACAUUUCUGCCGUUUUUGAAGAAAAACUUCCUAAAGUUUUGAGUACUUUUUGCAAUUAUCCAUCUAAUUAUUUAAAAUCACAAAAUGUUGUGCCUCAGGGAGCAAAGAUAGUCUAAGGUUCAGGUAAAGUAAUAGCUUUGAUGUCUGCUGAUGAGUCGUUCUGCAUGAAACAAAUCAAUUCCCUCAUAUUUGAAGGCAGUAAAUAAGUAAAGCUCAAAAAUCCAAUAAAAUCUGAGCUUAACCAUUUCGCUACAAAUCUUUCAUACCUUUCGAUUAUUAUUGCCUUAGUCUUUAUCCUUGUUAGCAGAUUAGCAUUUGACUGCUCAAACAUGACCAGCUUUGUUUUUGCAGGAUCUGUAUUUAUUGCAUUCGUUCCUGAAGGUCUUCUUACAUAGGUUUAUCUCGCUAAAUUCAUGCGCUAAAAAAGUAGUUGCAACAAAGCCUAAAAUGAUGAUAGUUAAAAAAAAUUAGACUAUCAGCCUCAAGAAGCUUCAUUUAAAAUUAACAAAUAUGAAUAAGUAAUUGAAAAUCUAUCUUAUAUUAACUGUAUUUGUACUAAUUUUGACUCCUUAGUAGAAAAGCCAUAAACUGAAGUUACUGGAAUGUGGGUAAGCAACACAUUAGUCAACUCAUCAAAAGAUAUUUUUAAUUAAAUUGAUUAUUUUGUUAGCAAUAAAUCGUAUUUGAAUUUAAUUACUGGCUCUGUACUAGCAAAUGAUUCCUUAUUUUCAACACCAAACUCUUCUUAAUUUGACUCAAAAUAGUAAAAAAACUUAAAUUAAAAUAACUAUUUGCCAUAUGAAGCAGAAGGAGAUUUAAAAGAUGUUGCUCUUUUAAGACUUUGCCAAAAUGUAUUUGAUGUAAACACUCUUCGUUUCCAAUCUCCGAUUGUUAUAAAUGAAAACGGAAAUCUAUUUAAGAUUCCUUAUGAUGAGAGAUCUUAAUACUCAGCAGUUUUGGUUAAAGAAAACCAGAACACAAAUGAAGAGUAUACUAUCUAUAUCAAAGGAAAUCCACAUAUAAUUAUGAAGGCAUGCACUCAAAUUUUAAUUUACGAAGAUAAAACAAAAAUUACAGAAGAAAUUUAUGAUAAAUUCUGCGAUGCUAUUUCUAAAUUUUAGAUAAAAGGAGAAGACAUAAUCGCUGUUGCUAAACUUCCUAUAAGCAAGCAAGACUUGAAAUCAGAUAAAGUUAAUUCAAUCUUCGAUGUUGAAGGUCAAGUUAAGAGAUAGUUAAGUGAUUUCAUUAUGUUAGGUUUGUUCUCUUUUUCUUCUCCUACAGCAAAUAAUUUAGAAAGAUCAUUAAAAUUAGCAAGAACUUCUGGUACUAAAGUUGUUAUUGUUUCUGAGAAGGACACUGUGACAGCAUUUUCUAUUGCUUCAAAUUGUGGUCUAUUCUAGAAUUUAAAAAUGAAUGAAAUAUUAAUUGACUAGACUUAUAAAACAAAAGAAAAAGAAGACCUUAAAAGCUAAUUAUAGUCUGUUUCAGCAGUUGUCAUGAAUGGUGCUCGACUAAACGGUUUAAAUUCAACUUUAGAAUUAGAGUCUCCCAUUUUCGAUUGCCUAAAUAAAUAAGUUUGUAUUUUUGCUAAUACUUCUCAAGAAUAAAAAAAGCUAUUAAUACCUUAUAUGAGACAUAUGGGCUUUAAGAUUGGAGUUAUUUCUAAUGAAAUUACUGAUCUGAUGUUCAUGAAUUCUGGAGAUAUUAGUUUUUCAGGAACUUAGGCAACUCCAUUAUUGUAAGGUUUAAGUGACGUUUAACUGAUUCGUAACAAGUAUUAGUCUGAUAUUUCAGCAGCCUUAGAAGCCAUAGAGGAGGGAAGAUGCUAUAUGGAAAAUACCAAAAAGAUAUUUGCACUUUCGGGAAGUACUAAAAUGUCUUAGAUACUGCCUUUACUUGCAUUCAUCAUUUUGCGUAUACCUUUAGCCUUAAGUGCUAUGUUCAUGAUACUAUUAAGUUGUGUCACUAAUUUUAUUCCAGCUCUUUCUCUAGCUAAAGAAGAUCCAGAUAUUGAUAUUCUCUUUAUUAAGUAAGAUUAUUAGUAAUAUGGAAACAUGUAGAAGAUCACCUCUUAACCUAAGUAAACUUCUAACAAGGUGGCUACUUUUGGUUUAUUCUUUUACUCCUAUUUUUUCAUAGGAGCAAUAGCUGCUGGAGCAGGAUUUUGUGCUUAUUUCACCACCAUGAAUCACCUUGGUUUCCCUAUUAAGUCUACAUUUUAAUUAUUUGAUAAAAAGGGAUAUACUGCUGAUUUGCAUGUUGCAAAUAAUAUGGGUUAUGAUAUUGACGUAGUUAAUAAUUAUCUUCAAACCGCAAAACCACACUUAGAUAUCCCAGCAGAUACUGUUCUUGAUCCUUCAAUGCCCCAUUGGAACAGCUUAUUCAUGACCCUAAGUAAUGACUGUGAAUAUGACAUUUAAAACUAUAAUCCUACCCAUUAAUUUAUUGACUGGGCAGAUAAAAACUAAUCUAAAGUAGAUUUAAGAAAGUUUUAUGUUUAUUGUGAUUAAAAUGAUAAAAAGUGGAAGAAUCUUGUUACUUGGUCUGACUGUGAUCCUACUGAUUAUAUCAACUACUCCACAAUAACAGAAAAUACUGCUUGCUAUACAUCAGAAGCGCUUAAUUAUGCCUAGACAUCUUAUUUGCUUGCAAUAGUUUUCUUUUAAUUUACUAAUCUUAUUGCUCUAAAAUCCCUUAGAUGGUCAUUUGUUCAUACUCCAUUUAAUUUAUUGUUUGCUGUAUCUAUUAUUCUACAAUUAAUUAUUUGCGUCUUUUUAGUUGAAAUUCCUGGAAUAUAAAUUAUAUUCCGUACAAGACCACUUCAUUUCUGGCAGUGGGGAAUACCUGCUGCUCCAUUUGCAGUUUUUGUUUUACUAUAUGAAGAAAUAAGAAAAUAUUUUGCACGCUCUACAAGGUGGUUUUCAAAAAUAGCAACUUUUUGA